AUGUUCACACAAUGGGGAAACAAGUAUGGAGAUGUGUCUUACGUCAAGUUGCUUGGGCAGGAUAUAAUCCUCUUGAACUCAUACGAAGCAGCUACUGGGCUGCUUGUUGACAAGUCUGCAAUCUACAGUAGUCGUCCUCAUCAGAUCAUGGCUGGCGAAUUGGUCGGUUGGGGAAAGGUAACAUCAUCUCUCCCGUAUGGCGAGGAGAUAAGAAUGACCCGCAAGCUAUUGCACGAGGCUAUGAGUCCUGAAGUCAUGUCAGAUCUUUACCCACUCCAAGAACAAGAAAUGGUCAAGUUUGUUAGAGUAUUGUUAAAGAAUCCGAAUCAAUUGAAGAAACACAUUUACCAAAUGAUCGGAUCUUCCUUGCUGAAACUUAUAUAUGGUUAUAACGUCAAGGGAGUUGACGAUCCUUUGAUCGUACUAGCCAAUAAUGCCAUAGAUAUAUUUUUGGUUACAAAUGAACCGGGCGCCUGGGCAGUUGACACUAUUCCUUUCUUAAGGUAUAUUCCAUGGGCACCAUUUAAAAGCAAAGCAAAGGAAUGGAGAAAGACAGUAAAUGAACUGGUAGACAGACCUAUGAGGUUUGUAUAUGAUCGGUUGAAUAUGGGAGACGGGAUACCUUGUUUGGUUGCAAGUUGGAUUGAACGCGAGGUAAAGACAAGUAUCCAAGGCAAAGAAGAGAUUGACUAUGAGUCGUUGGUAAAGUGGACAGGCGCCUCAGCUAUUUUAGCAGGCAUGGAUACAACCGCGGCGGCUUUGAAUAGGUUCUUUGCAUUGAUGGUUACUCAUCCUGAAGUUCAAAAAAGAGCUCAGGAUGAAAUUACGCGGGUUAUUGGCAGUGAUCGCCUCCCUACGUAUGCUGACCGCGAAUCCCUGCCGUACAUCGAAGCAGUGUAUAAGGAAAUUUUGCGGUGGAACCCGGUUGUACCAGCCGUACUUCCUCAUCUCUCUACAGCUACUUGUGACGAUGAGUUCCGGGGUAUGCGGAUUCCCAAGGGAUCAAUUGUGUUUGGAAUUGUGCAGAAUAUGCACCAUGACCCACAAACUUACCAUGACCCCCACAUCUUUAACCCAGAGCGUUUUAUGGCCUCUUCCGGGAAUGUGGAGCGAAAUCCGGAAGAUACAAUAUUUGGAUUUGGACGAAGGCAUGUACCCGGAGCGUUGCCCUGGAGUGAAUGCGGCGCGCUCCUCUAUAUGGUUGGCGAUCACAUUCGUACUCGCUAG